AUGGAUCAAAACGCUGAUUGCAUCAUUGAAACAUCUGACACCCCACCUCAAAACCAUCACCACCUCAUGAUCAGAAGAGCAUUUCUCCAGUUUCUUGUCCCAAUCUCCAUCUUUUCUUUCCUGGUUUCCUACUUUCCAGGUUUCCCGUUCUUCUUCUUCAGCGCCCGAAAUCUUCACCAGCUUGUCCCACUCUUUGCUCAGGCCCUGGAUAGAAAAUACAUGUUCCUGAUCUGCAACGGGAUCCUGGCGUUUCUUGCCAAGAACCUGAAGCUUAGCUCCUCAGGGUUGAAUGGAUUAAUCACGAAGAAUGUUGAAGAGGGACUGAAGCAAAUGACGGUCGACCUGCCCGAAAUAUUAGCAGUUCAAGAAAAUGCAGCGUCCAUGGAGUACGUUGAGACUCCAUUGGAUGUUGCAGUUCCAGAAGAAAAACAGGUCAUAGCAGUAGCGCAACAAGAGGAAGAUUGUGAGGGUUUGAACGAACGAGAACCAGCCGAAACGAAGGCUGACGGCUUGAUCUUAGAGAGUGAAGAGUGGGAAGAUGAGGAGGAGGAGGAGGAGGAAAUGGAAGAAAGUAGAGGUGCAGAGAGCACAUUAGUGAGCGAUGCGAAUGUUAGCACAGAAGAGCUGAAUAGGAAGUUUGAAGAAUUCAUCAGGAAGAUGAAGGAAGAAAUCAGGAUUGAAGCCCGGCAACCACUCAUUGCAGUGUGA